UUAAAACCUCUCACCAAACGCAGAAGCGAAAUCUCAUAGAAAGCGAUUCUACAAAAAAAAAAAAACAGAACGCGAAGUACAACAAAACGACCGUACCUUUUGAAUUCAACUAACAAAACGACAACGACGAUGUUUCGCGAUACACUUGCCAUGGCUGCCGCCGCCGCCACGACGCGGUGGCCGAAUCAACCUAGUCAGUGGACUCGCGACCAUGACAAGCUUUUCGAGAGAGCUCUUUUGAUCGUGCCGGAGGAUUUACCUGACCGGUGGGAGAAGAUCGCCGAACAAGUUCCCGGUAAGUCGGCGGCGGAAGUUAGGGACCACUACGAAGCCUUGGUUCACGAUGUUUUGGAGAUUGAUUCGGGUCGGGUUGAGGUACCGAGUUAUUCGGAUGACUCGGCGGCGAGUGGUGGUGGUGGUGGAUUGUCUGAUUGGGAUUCUUCCAAUCAAAUCUCUUUUGGUUCGAAAUCUAGACAUGGUGAUAACGAGAGGAAGAAAGGAACACCUUGGACUGAAGAAGAACAUAGGCUGUUUCUUAUUGGGCUAAGCAAAUUUGGCAAAGGAGAUUGGAGAAGCAUUUCAAGAAAUGUUGUUGUGACAAGAACACCUACUCAAGUCGCUAGCCAUGCUCAAAAGUACUUUCUUCGCCAGAAUUCGGUGAAGAAAGAAAGAAAAAGAUCAAGUAUUCAUGACAUUACAUCAGUUGACAGUAACUCUGCUCCCAUGCCUAUUGAUCAGAACUGGGUUCCUCCUCCUGGUGGUUCAAUUCAACAGUCUCAAGAAAUGCAUAAUUAUCCAUCAAACAAUUUGCAAGAUCAUAUGGGUACAUUUGGGUAUUCAAACUAUGGCUUUCAAAUGUAAAAAAUGAUAGAUGUUGGAAGCUGUGUUUUUUGUAUAUAGUGCAUUAGUUUUUAUUUAUUUAUAUGGUUUUAUUUGUGAAGUUUAUGGUGUUGCUAGUUGAAAGAGUAACUAGGAGUAUUGCUAAUUGAAUUUAUUAGCGUAGAUUUUGUUUGAAUAUCAUUGUGAAUCACAUAUAUGAUCAAGUUUCGAGUAGGGCUUGUAGUUAAACAAAUAGGGAACUUUUAGGAAUAUGAAUUCAACAGCAGUGGAAAAUUCUUUCUCUGUCCAAUUUAAUUAUGCUUUGUAAUUUGGAUUCAAUUUAAUUUUGGUUUAAUUUAAGUGUUGAACCAUCCACUUUUCCAUUUGUCA